UACCAUCAACAACAGAGCAACGAAAAGAACCGCUGGCAAAACAAAAAGUGUGCAAUCGCAAUAGAAGCUGCAACAGAAGUCAAGAGAAUAGCAAAAUAUAUUAUGUGGUCAGUGAAAAAUUUGUGCGCAAAAUUGAAAAUUAAAUGCAGCUAAUUAAAUCGAAUAAUCAGAGCGAAAUUUGGUGCAAACAAUAUUCUUAGCAAUACCCAUAACAACAGCGGUGCAAAUAGCCGUAAUAACGGUCGCAGCAUAUUCAGCGGACGUGGGCAUUGUGUGUUGUGGACAAUGAGCGGCAGCGGUGGCGGAGGCGGAGGCGGCGGCGGCAACGGACGUCUAGCGGCAGCGCAGUCGUUGCAAAAUGAGCACGCCGAAGCGCUACUGGUGCAACUUAAUGAGUUCCGUAAAAAUGAGCAGUACACGGAUGUUUGCUUGAUUUGUGAUGAUCUGCGCAUUAAGGCCCAUCGGAAUAUACUCGCCGCUGCAAGUCCCUACUUUCAGGCGAUGUUUGGCGGCAACUUUCCGGAGAGCUCACAGAGCGAAGUUCACAUACACGACAUGGAACCCCGUUGUCUACAAUUGGCGGUGGACUUCAUCUACACCGGUCACUUGGACAAUUAUGUUGACUGUGUGCAACAGUUGCUGGAGACUGCGGCCUUUCUGCAGCUGGAGCAUUUGAUGGACUUGUGUACGGAGUAUAUGUGCGCGCAGCUAGACGCUGAUAAUUGUCUGGGUUUUAAGCAUUUUGCAGAGAAGCAAAAUAAUUUCACGCUACUGGAUUCGGCUUGCCAAUACAUUAUUACACAUUUCAAAGAGGUAGUGCAGAGUGAGGAGUUCUUGGAUAUGACCUUCUUAGAGCUCAGUAAUAUAUUGGCUAACGAUGCCCUUUACGUUCAUUCCGACGACGCAGUGCUCUGUGGCUUGACACGUUGGGCUGAACAUCGACCCACAGAGCGCACUGCUAUUUUAGCACCAUUGCUGCGCUACAUACAUCCAGCUUGCGUAACGGCUGAUGUGGCACGCUCACUGCCCAUUCUCAAGCAGAGCGUGGAUAGUCAGAGUUGGCUGCAUGACGUGCUGCACAGUGCCGACAGCAUGGAGUGGCAUAUCUUUGUGUUGGACAAAAUGGGCCGAAAACCGGAUCUGCAACGCUUUAAUAUGGCAUUCGACGAGGCGACGCAGUUGCAGCCAUUGCCACGUCCAGCUUUCGCCGUCAGUUUGACGGCGCACAAGAAUAUUUUAUACGCUCAAGGUGGCAGUGUGGGCCGCAGCACACGCGAGAGCUUUUACUACAACAUCUAUCGCGAUCAGUGGCAUGAGCUGCAUCCGUUGUUGAUGGAGCGUUCGCACCACCGGUCGGUCAUAUUGAAUGGCUGUUUGUAUGCGCUCGGCGGCAACACAUUGCAAGGUGCCACCUGUUCAGUGGAGUGUUUGAAUUUGGUCACAAAUAAAGCGACCUUUCGGGAGAAUAUGCUGGCGAAACGGAAUGCAAUGGGAGCGGUAGUGUGUGAUAAUACACUCUACGUGAUGGGUGGUGAGACCGACCAUCGUUCUCUUUACUCGGUAGAGCGCUAUGAUCCACGCGUGGGUCAGUGGCAAGAGAUGCCCGCCAUGCGUGAGGUCAACAGCUAUUGUUCGAGCGCGGCCAUCGGUUCGCACAUCUAUUGCUGUGAGGGUCUAGGCAGCUGUAUGGAACGCUUUGACUUGCGCGCCAACCGCUGGGAUGUGAUCAACUUCUGGGAGGAGCGCGAGUUUUAUGAAAUAUUUGUCGUGAACAAUAAGCUGUAUAGUGUUUCCGGUGAGGCCAUAGCACGCUACGACGAUAUGGAGAACAAAUGGCUAUGCGAGUUUAAAUUCGAUGAAUCACGAGAAUGGGACACAGCUACAGGCUUGCAGAUGGGUAACUAUCUGCGGCUCUAAAGUUGCAGAAAAUCGGUUAGAACAGUUACAAAAUGAUGGUAGUGGGGACUAAGUCUCCUUCAUCAUCGGAGUAUUAUUUGAGUUUGUUGACGACAGUUCCAAAGGGAUAUAUAAAUAUUGGUAUCGGUUUUGUUUAUCACAUUUGAAUAGGAUGAAAUGAUUUUGAAGUCUUCGCAAAAUCGAAUUAGUAUUAAAUUCCUAUUCUUCAUAAAAUCGUAAACUUAAUAACACAUAAUAUGAUAUACAUACAUAGGUAUUUGACUAAACUUCGUUAAGAUUUUCUUCUAGGAAGCAGUCCAUAUCCCCCUCUUUGGAAGUUUUGAAGUUGUGCCACCUAUUAGAGCUAUUUAUUUCGUUUACUCAGCUAUGUAUAUUCGCAUGCACAUAUGUAUAUAAUAUAUACCUAUAUAUUAUUUAGACGAAAGCCCGUCUAACAAAAAACUGAUUCGUCUCUUUAGUCGAGGUUGAAAUUUUAGCAAUUAAAGGAAAAUAGUCUUUCUUAACAUUUUUCGGGUUUACACUCUUCAAGAGUUCUGAUAUACAUAAAUUUAUAUUUUUUUAAUUUAUGAUAUUAUCUUUGUACAUUCAUCAUAUAUAAUUUGAGAGCUUUUGAAGCUAAAGAUUUUGCCAACAUGGCGUAUGAGUGAUUUGCAUACUGUCUUGUGUGUCGCCUCUUAGCCCAAGCAGCCUUUCCAAAAGCACUUGGGUUGGAAGAGCUGAUGCAGAUGGAAGGAGGUCGCAAUAUAUCAAAGGUCGCAGGGUAUACCUCUAAUUUAAUCUAAUGUUCAUGAUAUAAGCAUAGUAGAAUUAAAUUAUUUGAAUGAAUUUUGAAAUGAAUAAUGACAAAAGUGAAUGUUCUGUAACUUUAAAGAUUAGAACUUGAAAAAUAUAUCUUUUAACGUUACAUAAAAUCUAAAAAUGUUGCCUCUUCAUUAAAUAUGGGUGUGAUAUGGAAAUUUUUUCACUUAGUUUUGUUUAAGUUCGAAAUACCACAAACAAAAAUUGUUCGGUUGUACGUUUUUUGUAAGCUCGAAGAACACUUCGCAAUAUUGGCUCCAUAAUUUAUUUGAAAAAGCGCCUGAAAGUAGGCCACAACAUUUUUUAUAAGGUCAAACAUGCGACAACUGAUCUAAUUCCAAUAGACUCAUUUUCGUUAGCAACAUGUUUCAACAAAUAUGUUGCCCAACAUUGCCUACAAGAGAUUUUUACUAUACCAGUGUGACACUUUUGUGUUUUUGCUUUUUCGAUAGUUUAUGUGUUCAAAAAUAUCCUGUGAAAU